CUUGGUUUUGCCAGCCGCAAACCGACGAGUGGAGCCAUGGACGCCAGCGGAGCGACGGACCAGCCGCGGAAGAAGCGCAGCCGGUUCAGCGAGGCCGUGGAGCCUGCGCCGUCUGCUGCGCCCGUUGAUACUGCGAAGCGCCCCAAGAUCGAUCCGGCGGCGCUGGCGAAAGCGGCCGCGGCCGCGAUCUCCAAGCAGUUGCCAAAGCAUUUGGAAUCGACCGUGGGCGACGCCGAGCGCAAGAAGGCCGCGCUCGAGCGCCUUGCUCGGCAGCAGCACUUGAUCAAGUCCAUGCAAGCUCAGAUUGGCCACGUCCAAGCCGCGGUGAGCAGCACGACCAACACGUUGAUUGGGCGCGGUUCGUUCUUGCCGGCGCCGCUCUUGCUCGACAACGAGGGCCGCCACAUUGACGCCGACGGCAACGUGAUUGAAGAAAAAGUGGCGCCUGUCGCGACUCUCAAGGCCAACUUGGGCGCCGGCGCCGAGGCCGAGAAGGCCAAGCAAAAGAAGCCGGUGAACCCAUACCUCUCGUUUCGCAGCGUCGACCAUAGAGACCGCGUCGACACGGUCGACCCGCGCUUGAAGACACGCAACCGUGACACGCGCGGAGCCAAGAACUUCACCUUUGUCAAGCAAGGCACGUACAUCAAGCAGGGCGAGCAGCUCCGUGCGCGCGAGGCCAAGAAGAUGCUGGCGGGCUUCUCGUCCGGCCGCAACCCGAACGCGUAUGUCAAGGAGUCGGUCGUGGACCUCGGCGAGGACGAGGCCGGUGACGCGGCCGCGACCGCCACCAGCCUCGAAGUGCCCAUGAAACUCGAAGAGCCGGUGCCCGAGGUCGAGUGGUGGGACAUUCCGUACCUGCCGAAAGAGAAGCAAGAAAUGCUCGACAAGAACGGGUUUCUCAAGGGCCGUGGUCGCUCCGACGUCAUCGACUACGUGGCGGAUAUGAAGCUCAAGUUUGCUGGCACGGCGCACUUGAUUGAGCACCCGGCGCGCAUCCGCGUCGGUCGAAAGGAGGCGCCCGUGACGCUGCCGCUCAUGCUCACGAAAGCGGAGCGCAAGCGAAUUCGUCGCACGGCCCGUGCCGAGCGGCUCAAGGAGGUCCAAGACAAGAUCGCGCUGGGUCUCUUGCCGCCGCCCGAGCCGAAAGUCAAACUGAGUAACAUGAUGCGCGUGCUCCAGGACCAAGCGGUCUCGGACCCGUCGGCAAUCGAGCGAAAAGUGCGCGCUCAAGUCGCGCAGCGCGAGAAGAACCACGAGAUGCGCAACUUGGCGCGCAAGCUCACACCGGAGGAGCGCCGCGAGAAGAUCAUGCGCAAGCUCAAGGCCGACGCAUCCGGCGACCUCCACGUCGCCCUCUUCCGGGCGCCCGACCUCUCGCAUCCGCAGCACCAGUUCAAGGUGGACGUGAACGCGCAGCAGCUGCACCUCACGGGUGCCGUUGUGACCGUCAAGGAGAACCCGGAGCUCAACCUCGUUGUCGUCGAGGGCGGGCCCAAGUCGAUCAAGAGCUACAUCAAGCUCAUGUGCCGACGCAUCGACUGGGCCAAGCGCCCGCCCCCCCGCGCGCCGCCGGCAGAAUCGCUGGACGCCAACGACGUCCCGUUACCCGACAACGAGGAAGAGGAGGCGACAGUUGCGCACGAGAGUAUGUCGGACGCGCUGCAGCCCAAACGAGCCAAGAAGAAGGCCAAGUGCUACUUGGUGUGGAAGGGUAUUGUGGCCAAGCGGGCGUUUGCGUCGUUCAAGUUUCAAGAGUGCAAAACGGCCUCGACCGCGCGCAAGGUGCUCGAAGCCAAGCACGUGGAGCAGUACUGGGACAUGAUUGAGAGCUACAACCCGCUGCUGGAGAACCCGCACCUGGCCGACGAGAACGUUCACGACGACGCGACGACGACCAAUAAGCCAGCCACUUAA